AUGGAGCUCGAAAAGGAUUCCCGAGGUAAAGCAAUAUCUAUCGUACCCAGGAAUGUCUUUGGACUGCGUACCGACAUUUUUGGCAAUGUGCAUUUUACAACGAAACAGGAAAUCAUUUAUCCCGUGGCCGGAGUGCUUGCAAUUCAUGAUUUUACAACAAAUAAGCAGAAAUUUUUGAGGUUUCCGGAAAACUAUCAUCCCGAACGAAUUGUCAUAAGUCCAGAUAGGAAAUAUAUCGCCGUUUCCGAGAAAAGUGCUGACAACAAAUCGUUGAUCAACAUUUACGAAAUUUCCACUUUGAAAAAACGAAAGACGCUUCAGCUGCCACCGGACUGCCCGAACACGCAAAUCGGCAACAUAUGCUUCACGCACGAUUCGCGCGGAAUUGCUGUUUUGUCGGUCGAACCAGACACAUUCCUGUCGAUCUUUUCGUUCGACAAAAAUGAAUCCCUGAUCAUAGGCCGCGCGUCGAACUCCAGCCAGCAAGGCCAGGCUAACUACCUGUCCUGCAAUCCAAGCGAUGCAACGAUUGUUGCCGUUGGAGGCUACUACAUGUUGAAGAUCAUGAACAAAACGGACAAAGGCUUUGGGCAGAUUGGAACCAUCAAAGGCGAUCAAUUGCUGGUGACGUCAAUCGCAUGGCUAACAUCAGAUGCACUCGCCGCUGGGACAGCGGAAACAGAACUGAUCAUUGUGGAGUCCGGAGAACUAAAGCUAAAGCUGCGGGCAGAUGAGGUGGAAAGUAUUGAUCUUGCAACGGAUGUGGAAGGAGAUCUUUCACCACCUCCGGAUGAUGGCACUGGUCCCCAAAAAGACCGCAGCGAUGUGCUGUGUCUAACGCAGUUUGAUCAAGGCUUCCUUUAUUCGAUCCACAACGCAGUUCAUGUUUUUGAGAAAUCAUCAGCAUAUACAUUCACCAAGAAAUCGAUCAUUAGAAUACCGAUCACCCUGUACGAUAAGGAGUCGUACAAAAUUCUGAACGUCGCUGUGAAUGCUGAACAGGAUACCAUCAUUGUAGCCACGCAGCAUUCACAGAUUUACAUCGGGAUGCUUUUUGUACCGGAAACCUUGAAAGUUAGCGAACUGGUAUUCCGCCAUUUAGGAGAACCAUUACACGUUAGUGGAAUCGUCGGGUUAUCUGUCUGCUCCUGGAAACCGAUCAUUAUGACGGCUUCAAAAGAUCUUACGGUACGCCUUUGGAACUAUCAAAGUAUGAAAGUGGAGCUGGUGAAAAAGUACUUAAUCGAAAUUGGUGUAAUAGCCCUUCACCCUUCAGGGUUUUUCGCAGCCGUCGGCUUUAUUGAUCUCCUUCGGUUGGUGCAAAUUCAGUUGGAUGAUUUGAAAGUAACGAAAGUAUUCAAUUUUCCGAGCUGUACGCAGCUAAAAUUUUCCAACCAAGGCCAUCUGCUCGCGGCUGCUCAUGGAAAGCUCAUUAAUUUGAUUAGUAUCUUCACGUUUGAAAUCAUACAAACACUUAAAGGUCACAAUGGAAAGAUUCUGAGCUUAUCGUGGAGCUCGGAUGAUGCGAUCCUCGCAUCCGGAGGAGACGAUGGGGCAAUCUACAAGUGGAAUGUAGUCACCGGAGAGCGAGUGGAAGAGAUCGUUCAAAAAGGAAUCCAUUACCGAUCACUAGCUCUAACCAGUGAUGCCAAUUCAGUUUAUGCCAUCACCAAUACAGGUCUCAUACGAGAAAUGUGUAAAUCAGACAUUAAUCGGGAAUUCAAAAUCCCUGAGUUGACUCCACUUACCGAUAUUGCUAUGUCACGAUCGGAUGUGAUUAUGUUCGUAGGAACGGAGAAGGGGCACCUCUACAAUGUAGAUGGCAGCGGAAACUGCACCAACUUUCGGUUCUUUAACACCAGUAUCACAAAAACGUGCCUCACGUACAACGACAGUACGCUGAUUACGGCAGCAGCCGAUGGAACACUGAUCAUUUGGACUAUCCUCAACUGCGAAGGCAAAACGGCCCCACAUGCCCCGGAGCUUGGACUUUACUCGGAUAUUCUCAUUGCGCGACAGGAUCUGGUGGACAAGAACGACGCGAUCGCAACGCUUGAGAUGCGUAUUCAGCAGCAAAUCAUGGAGUUUCAGUACAAAAUGAAGCAAGGUGACGCCUUUCAUUCGGAGCAAAUGCGAGACAUACACCGGGACUACUGUUCAGCUAUUGAAGAGCUAAAGAAAAAGAACGAAGAAAUGGAAAUGGCACACGUAGAAGAAUGUAACCUGAUGACAGCCGGUAUUGCCCAGGCCAAGGAAGAACACCAAAAAGAGAUGAUGGAUUUUGAAGCUCAGUUCCACGAGAAAAUCAUAAUGGAAUACGAGAAACUAACGAAUUUGAAGCAACGUAUGGAUCAAAUGCGGGAGGACUAUGAAAUAAAACUGCGAAGAUCAGCUGGUUGUCUGCAGGACACAAUCGAAACGUUAGAAGCAGAGCAGAAGAAACAACUGAACGAUAAGCAAGAAAUUAUUAACGGAUUGCUAAAGGAAAUGGAACGUAGAAGGCUUGAGUUCGACGAGUACUGCAAGCAAGUGGACGUAGAUAACGAUCGCCACAACGUAGAACUUAAGUUAAACUACGAGAAAAAGUUGCUCGAAGAAGAAGAGAACUGCAUGAAAUGGAGAGGCGAGGCUGGCGUAUUAAAAAAAAAGUUUUCGACUCUCAAUCGAGAAGCGGAAAACUAUCGUAAGGAAAUUGAAACGUUGCAGUAUCAACACGGAAGGUUCCAGCAAGCUAUUAAGCAGCAUCAACGGGAUAUCGAAGAUCUGAAGGGGGAGCUCAGUGAACGGGACGCAGUAAUUAGGGAUCGGGAAAAGAAAUUGCACGACAUGAACAGAAAGAAUGGUGAGCUGGAGAAGUAUAAGCAAGUACAGACGCACAAAAUCAAUGAACUGAAAAAUCAGAUCGAGCCGAAAGAAAGAGAAAUCAAGGAGAAAAAGGAAGUCAUUAGUGAAAUGGAGGAGAAAUUGGAGGAACUGCAGCAGAGCAACAAACAGUCAGCGUUACAACUGCAGGAGCUGCGCGAUAAAUACUACGGAGCUGAUUUGGAGCUGAAGAAGGAACGAAAUCGUUUCCGCAGUGCCAAGAAUCAGUAUCAGCAAGUGUGCAGAGAAAUCUACAACGUCGCAGGUUUAAUUCAGAAACCAGAUGAGUUAAAACGUGGAAUCAAAGACCUUUGUCAUCGCUACUCGGAUGAUAAGGAGCUGCAGAAAUCGUUGGCACUAGACGAAGAUGUCCAAAACGAGUUUCUCAGACAAAGAGAACAUCUGGAGAAACUCACUAAAGGAGGCAAGCACAAGAGUCACGAGAAAAGAGACACGGGUGAGAUUAUGAAACUUAUAAAAGAAAAUAUGGAGCUUCUAGCAGAAUUGAAUAAACUUCGCGAGCUAUUGAACGAGAAACAACGAGCGUGCACUAGAAUGGAGGCACUGCUUGGCUUAUCCAGCAAAGCUAUAUCCCCGAGAGAAGCUAAGCUGAAACUGGAAAAAGCUGUGGCCGAUAAAGACGAAUUGGAAAGCAGGCAUAAAGAGCAAACCGACAAACUGCAGGAUAUCGUCAAAACGCUGUCUAACGAAAAUCAAAAUCUGCGAUCUGAGAUCGUUGCUCUGAAUAAGAGAACUAUUAAUCGAUAA